GCAGUUGUGGAGCUGCUGGUACUGAGAGCUGUUAGGCAUCAUUUGCUUUGCUACCCUGGACCUGCUAGAGCUAUGCAUCCGGACUUCAGGAGCUGGGUACUAGCCACUGUCACCUUGUUGGUGGUCUUCCUCAUCUUGGCAGAUAUCUCAGAGCUGGAGGAGGAAAUCGGGAGCACUGGAGGAAGAGGCACAAUCAGAUCAGCUGUGGAAAGCUUACAUAGCAAAUCUAAUAGAGUUGGAUCAUCAAUAAAUGAUUCAAGUAGUCCAGCUGCUACAGUCAGAAGCCAUGAAAGCAUCAAAUUACAUAUGAAACCGGCAAUUGUGAAAUGGAGACAUAAUGAGACCCUUUCAAUGAAGAUCAGGAAGCAAAUCUUGCAUUUUCUGGAUGCUGAAAGGGACAUAUCAGUUCUAAAAGGGACUCUGAAACCGGGAGAUAUUAUACAUUAUAUAUUUGACAGAGACAGCACCAUGAAUAUAUCCAAGAACUUGUACGAACUGUUACCUAGAACGUCCCCUUUGAAAAACAAGAACUUCAAGACCUGUGCCAUUGUGGGAAACUCUGGCAUUUUACUCAACAGUGGCUGUGGGAAAGAGAUUGACUCUCAUGACUUUGUCAUAAGAUGUAAUUUGGCACCAGUUGAAGAAUAUGCAAGAGAUGUUGGUAUGAAGACACAUUUGGUAACCAUGAACCCUUCUGUGGUGCAACGUGCAUUUGAGGACCUUGUAAACGACACAUGGAAGGAUAAAUUUUUGCAGCGUCUGAAAAGCUUGAAUGAAAGCAUCCUGUGGAUUCCAGCAUUCAUGGCAAAAGGAGGAGAGGAGCGAGUGGAAUGGGUUAAUGACCUUAUUAUAAAACACCACAUCAACGUACACACUGCCUACCCAUCUCUACGACUACUCCAUGCUGUUAGAGGAUAUUGGUUGACCAACAAGGUGCACAUAAAAAGACCUACUACAGGAAUACUAAUGUACACAUUGGCUACUCGUUUCUGUAACAGAAUUGACUUGUAUGGCUUCUGGCCUUUCUCCCGAGAUCUCCACCAGAACCCUGUGAAAUAUCACUACUAUGACAGCCUUAAAUACGGAUACACAUCACAGGCAGGUCCACAUGCGAUGCCACUGGAAUUUAAGGCCUUGAAAAAUCUACAUCUACAGGGGGCUUUGAAACUUACCGUUGGUAAAUGUGAAUCAGCAACAUAGCAUCUUAUGCAGUCCUUUGAUCUGUAAAACUUCAAUCAUUUGGACAACGAUAGGAGGAC